AUGGCGCCGUUGCGGCAUCCGGUCUUUUCGCGUUGAGCCUCAAGGAUAGUUGGGUACCGCGUACAGUCAACUUUAAAUCUGACUGCAUCGGCAUUGUAUUAAGGGUUUUGUGUACAAUAAUAAUUCACAAUGCCACCCAAGUUCGAUCCUACUGAGGUCAAGAAAGUAUUUUUGCGGUGUGUGGGAGGAGAGGUCGGAGCAACAUCCUCGCUGGCUCCUAAAAUAGGUCCCCUUGGUUUGUCUCCUAAAAAAGUCGGCGAUGACAUUGCUAAGGCCACCAGUGACUGGAAGGGGCUUAAAAUUACAGUCCAACUGACAAUUCAAAAUAGGCAAGCUACGAUAUCAGUAGUUCCUUCCGCAGCCUCUUUGAUUAUAAAGGCUCUGAAAGAACCGCCAAGAGAUCGCAAGAAACAAAAAAAUAUUAAACACAGUGGAAAUCUGAGUUUUGACGAUGUCAUAGCAAUUGCCAGGGCUAUGAGGCCACGUUCGAUGUCACGUGAACUCAGUGGGACUGUAAAAGAGAUUUUAGGAACCUCCCAGUCCGUUGGAUGUACAGUGGAAGGAAGGCCUCCCCAUGACCUCAUUGAAGACAUUAAAGCUGGAGAGCUAGAAGUUCCCGAAGAUUAAUAUGAUACCAAUUGAUCUCAAUAAAGAAAUUUUUUAAAUCCACAACUUAUCUGCUUUUUCUUCCAUUCUAAAUGAAUAAUGAUGUAAUAAUAACAGUAUAUAGCGAUUACUUUAUUAGGAUUACUGCUAAAGGAGAUUGUACAUCAAUAUUCAUUUUAUAUUCUUCGAUCCUUUGAACUCACUUUUGUACCAAUGUUUAUAAUUGAAAAAUUUUGAGUGCAUAGCUUUUGACAAGUUUUACUGAAAAUUCAUGAAAAUAAACGUCUACUUAACACUUGAA